CGUCAGUCGACUCGUUCGCGACGUAGCGAGGUUGUUAAUCGUACCGCGCUGCGUGGCAACCCAUUAGAUACUGUGCUACUCGGAGCGGAGCGAAUUCGCAUCGCUGCUGGCCAUUGCGCUGCAGUCCACCCUGCCACGCCUGCAUCACUGAGCAGUGCGCAUCACUGAGCAGUGCAUCAUUGAGCACUCAUCGAUGCGCAAAGCCAUCAUCACGCUGGCAACCGUCACGAGAACGCUCGCCAUGGCCGCGCGUAAGAUCGAUCCCGUCUACCCUGGAACUGCGGUCGCGCGCCUCGAAGCGGUGCACCAGCGAUUGGCUGCGAUCCCGCAGUCUGAGCUCGACGGCCCGUGGCCCGACGCGCGCCGCGCCCUGCUGCGGGCGGGCGGCCUGCGCGAUUUGCCGAACGCUCGUCCCGGCCAAGGGUACACGGGCCAUGCGUUCAACGACUACAAUCACUGCGACCUGACCACGAUGCUGGGAGACGUGCAGGACGAAUCAAAUGCGGACGGUAGCGUAGCCGAGAUCUCACGGAGCAACCUGCUCGGACCCGGCAUCCGCGAGGCGUCGCUGCCCGAGUUGGGCGAAGGCGGGUCCUGGUCGACCUGUACGAAUGGCUGCGCGUCGGACCCGCCAAGAGACGUAGCGCACGUGCAGUUUAAAUCCAAAAUCGCGUUCAAGUUGGUCUGGACACCUGCCGACAAUUACUCCUCGUUCGUGCUGGUCGAUGACGACGGAAAGCUCCUCCGCAAGGGAACGCCGCAGCCGCCACUGCCGGCCAAGUCCCAGCGCCAGAUGAACUACCGCGUCGUCCAGGGCUCGAAGUACGCGGUCGCGGCGGACGGCGACCCGGCCGAGUAAUGUCUAGU